UUCCAUUCGAUGUCGUAUUCCUUGCGCGAUUCCGUGUCCAACACAAGCCACGAUUCCGACAUGUCAGACAUGUAGGUGACACCAACCACGCUCUGCCUGUUGAUGCAAUUUAUUUUGUCCGCAACUUCCGCUGAGCCAUCAUCACUUUCCAGUGGCUCGGCUCAUCGGGCCCCAGUUCUCCUUCGGAUUCAUUUGGUAUCGCACAAGCUUCUGCUUAUUCUCCUCGCGGCCCAGUUCCUCAUCGAAGACCACCUCGGUGAUCUUGGAAACCGCAUCGUCCACUUUCGUUGGUUCCGUGAGACCCCCUUCGGUUGUCUCCUGCUUCUCCCCCAAGCGCAAAAGUCUCCAGCCUUGCAAUGGCUUCGAGUAACGCGAUACCCGAGACCUUUGAGAGCGCCCUUCAAAUGUGCUUCUGGGGGGCUUUGGCAGUUCAUGAGGCCUGCCACCUGCGCAGGGUAGAAGUAGAAAGGAUAAGGGUCAAUGGCAGCCAGCUCAGCUUCCGUAACCUUCUUCUUGACCACCUUGCCCAAUUUGCCGCUGUCCUUUUGAGCUUCGACUUCUUGGGGAGUCGGCAAGAACUCCUCGAGUGCUGUGUACAGCAUACCCUUCACUCUAGGGAGUGUUCCAUAAAUUUCGGGUGAGGCCUCGUUAGCCUCGUCGAUGACCUUUUGAACGAACUCAGGGUCAUGGAUCCGGCCUGCAUACAUCGGCCCUGCAAGAUGGGUAACCGAGCCACAGUGAUCGCAAAGGGGUGGCGCUGUGGGCGCUUUCGUAAACCCGUGCUUGUAGAAAAUGCCGCUUCCCUUCUUGUUUGGUGCUGGCUUAUUCUUCAUGAGAAGCUGGGUGGUCCAGGAACCGCAUCCUCCACCACAACUAUAAACCACCAUAUUCUUGCCUCCCUGGAACUUGACCAUAGCUGGCGACCUAGUCACGCGAACAAACACUCUCAUGUAGUAGUCGACUGAUAGUGAGAGGAGCGGCUCGAUUGCGAGGCCGUACUUGGCUGCGGCGGUCUCGAUAGAAUGCAGGACAAUACGAAGCCCAACCUCAUGACUGUACCAACCCUUCACCGGAACACCGCCGUAUAACGCGUAGCAUUUUUCAGGAUAGCCAUUGGAGGCCCAAACGCCAGAAUCUGUGCAGGUGACGCAAAGCAGCCCACCAUCGUCCCUGAUAGCUUGAACAGCGGCAUCAAGGAACGGAGCAGCGCUUCCAUAAGGGUCAAGAUCGAUAACGUCGUACUUGUUGCUGGCAAUAAUCGCCUUCCCAGCACGCCCACUGCGCUUGCGAAGCUCGUCGACAACCACCGAGUACAUAUGAGCAAGGGCAUCGUCGUGGGAAACACUGAUCUUGUCAGCCAAGCCAUUGUGGAUGGCAUUGCGCUGGAUUGACUCGGUGGCCACCUUCAAGAGAUCAUUCGAGGUUACUUUGGUGAGGAAUGGGAUUUCGUGGGCAUAGCGCAAAGCACGAAGGCCGCUGGCAGACAAAGCGUCCAAUAUUGUGAAUUCCACGCCAGAGCUCUUCUUCUCUUUCGCAGCAUCAGCACCAUUGCUUGGCUGAGCCCCCAGUUCCUUAUCUUGUUCGGGGAUUGCGGGCUCCAGCUCCUUCGCAUCCGGCAUCUCAGUGUCCGCUGGCGCAACUGCAGACUCGCCGACAGCCUCCUCGGCGCCAGCAUCAUCACCGAGUUUAGGAGACUUUGCAGGCCGUUCGCUCUGCGUCUGCUCCUUUCGUUUUCUCUUCUUCUCGGCAAACUUGCCACUCCUUGCUUCGCUCGCAACUUUCUUCUGCUUCACCUUUUCCUUUCCAUAUGCCUUCAUUGCCAGAACUGUCAAGUCUCGGUUGAAUUGCUGGAUUGGGUUGUAAAAGACCUGUUGCACCUCCUGGCCAUCCUUGGCAUCUUUCUGUUCGGGGACGAGAAUAUGCGCGAGCCCUUCCUUCACUGUGGUAUAGAUCACGUUGUCGUGCUUGAUUCUCUGACCGUUGGCCGGCGUGGCAUCGAGGCCCGGAAGCUCGUCGUCGGACAUGGCGCAAAGAACGCUGUGGGUGCGUUUAAACAGGGGGAAGGCCGAGACGUGAGGCAGGUAGUAUGAUCGUCGUGGUCGGUAGAAAUUGCCGACUAUGGAUCGAUAGGAGGCCGAGAACAGGCUCAGGCGCAUCGGUGACAAGUUACUGCCAUGUAAGUCGCGAGCGGAGCUGUCAAUUCAUUAUUCCUCUGACAAGAGACUUGCCUGGACCCUGAGCCACCAACAUUUUUGUGAUUCUGCCAGGCGGUUCCUGCCUCUGUCGCCAUCAUCAUCAUAUGGCAAGCAGUCCAAAGAGUUGCUUUACCGAGAAGCUUGAUGACCUCAGUUCUAACCUCAGGUCCAAUACUGCUGCUAAAAACGGGUUGGGAAAUGAGUUGUCAGAUCUGGGCUUGUUUCAUGCUGCCUCCUCAGAUCAGAUCAUGCAAUGACGCGCCUGCAACUUCUCCCGCCAGCUGGUGGUUGCUUCUCAAAAAGCUGGACCGUCUGUUGAGUUUCUGAGACUUAGAAGGAGCCGCCUUUGAACUGUGGUGUUUCGACAUCCUACUUCAAAGCCUUCCCUUUCGGUCUCAUUUCCUUCGUCGGCUCCGAAGCGAUAGAUGGCCCCUUCUUCGCGCUUUCCUCUUGUCCAGUUUCCGUCGCCAGCUGUGCUUGACAAACAUGCCUGGGCAAAAUGGACACGCCCGACUGAUUUGAUUGCCAGAGGUUGGUUUCUUGACUACACUCGACCUCCUACCUCCGCUGUAACCAGCUGUUUUGGGCAUUUGGCGACUUGUUGAUUCUCUCCAACAGGACUCUGUUAAUAUUUUGUAUUUUCCCCUCCUUUCCAUGUCCAUUUCCCAAGGCAUGGCCUCUCUCUCCAGAGACCCCAGUCGCCUGAGUCUUCACGGCCUGAAAGGCGACCAGCGAUCAGAGACAGGCGAGAGCUUUUACAAAUCCGACAAACCCUCUGGCAUCCCAGUUGCUACGGGCCGUCCCGGAAGUGGCAACCCGGUCACUUCGAGACCUCCACAGGGACAGGGACGCCAAAAGCCAGGCACAAACAUUCCGCACCGCUUCUUGACUCCAGCUGAGUGGGCUCGUGUAGCUCAUGGACUCGGGGCAAUCAGGGAGGGAGAAACGCACCAGGUCGUCCACCCUUCUUCCUGGUAUUGGCCGCCGAAGGGUCUUCCAGAAGGCCUCUACCGAGAUAUCGUCACCCAGCGAACCAAAUACUUCUACUCUUAUCACAUCCUGAGCGUCCUGCGCUGGCUUCUCAUGCUUCUUCAGAUCAUCCUUGGAGCUGUUUUGACAGCCCUUGGCUCGUUCCAGACGACCGACGGCACCCCGGUAACUGUGCUGGCCGCCAUCAACACUGUCGAUGCUGGAAUACUCGCUCUUAUGCACAACAGUGGGUUGCCUGAUCGCUAUCGUUUGGACAAAGUUGAGUUCGUCAAGGUUGAAGAUUUUCUCAAGGAACUCCUUGAUACGGGCAUUGUCGAACAACACCAGACCGUCGACGAUAUUCUCAGCGAUUGCUUUGCACGAUACCAGAAAGCCAAAUCCAUUGUCCUGGCUAACAUGCCCGAGUCCUACACGACCCAAGCAGCACCAUGGAUUGGAGAAAAAGCGCCGAUGAUAUGUCCUGAUCCGUCCGCCCAUUUUGUGAUGUCGGUUCAACCACAGUCGCAACCGAACCAGGACAAGCAGUAG